CCAACUCCCUUUCUACCAGCUGAGCUGAGUAUUUAAGUCUCUGGAGAGAGGGGCUGACUGAACAGUCUUCCCGGCGUCCUGCAGAAGAGAAGGUCACCAUGAAGUCCUUUAUCCUGAUUUUCGCAGCAGCUCUGCUAGGAGGCUCCUGGGCCAACCCUGUCGUUCAAGAGCAGCCAAGGUCCAAUUGGGAAGGAGCAGUGGAAGUCUUCUGGGACUAUGUGAACAAGAUUGGGAAUUCGGCCGAUGAGGUCACAACCCAAAUCAAGGCUUCGCAGAUCAGCAAGGAACUUGAUGGCCUGAUCACAGACACCAUGGCAGAGCUGGAACUCUACACCAAUGACCUGCGUACCAAGCUAGGCCCGUACGCUCAGGACGUUCAACAGCGCCUGACUACGGAAGUGUCAACCCUCUCCGGAAAGCUGAGGACUGACAUGGAAGAGGCCAAAAGCAAGCUGAUCCAAUACACAAAUGACAUGCGUGUGAUGUUCGACCACAACGUAGAAGUGGUUCGGUCCCAGGGUGAAAUGCUCCUCCGCAAGAUGAGGAAACGUAUCAGCAAGGACACCGAAGACUUGCGCCGCAAGUUCGCCACCUAUGCUGAGGAGGUACGGGCCAGCACCAGUGACAAAGUCAACGCCGUGCGCCAGAGACUGGAGCCCUAUUUGUCCAGCGUGAGCGAAAAGGGACUGCAGCGAGUCCAGGCCCUGCAGCAGGCCAUCGGAGAGCAAGGAAGGAUGGUUCAAGAGCAGUUCAACGCCCGAGCUCAGGAGCUUCAAGACCAUUUCCGCGGGAAAGCCGAGGAAGUCAGAGAGAACAUUGACCAGGUGGCUGAAAAAGUACGAGAGUGGCUCACUCCCCUUCUGAAUGACCUCUCCUCCCAGAUCCAGACCUUGGUGGAGAAGGUCAAGCAGCUGCAGUCUUAAAAAGCUGGCUUGCAUACCCCGGAAGCUAACACUGCCCGUUCUUGGUUUCCUUGGAAACCAAGAUGGCCUCACGGCCUGAGGGGCCUUGGUGGAAAAGGCACUGGUGAUCGCUAAGUGUACUAACCUCACAUCACCUGCAGAGCUUCCACGUGCUCCCCCCGCCCCGUUGUACUUGGCUAAAGUGCGGCCAUUUUGGCCCAUUAAUAUCUUGCCCAGCCUACCUCCUGUGGGCAACAUCACUCUCUAGGCCUGGUUCCCCACUGUCAAGAAGGACCAUGUAACAGUCCGCCACGCUUCCCUAUUUUUAACACUUAGACCCACGACAGCCGUGUCCUGCCUUUUGCCAAAAUGUCUCAGCUUUUCCAGUGUUUUCCAUUUUGAUCUGUAAUGAAAUAAAACGUACUUCACGUA